AAUAACCAAUCACUGGUCAAAGGUCAAGUAAUUCUAACACGAGGGUUGCUUUUGCUGUGAAAUACUCUCGGACUUGAACGUAACACCACACCUGCUGCUGAACAGAGAGGGAGGGACUUGAGUCAGAGCAGCUGUCACGGUUCAGCUCGGGUCGGUGUCCUGCGGCUCCACCUUGGUCUGAGACAGACUGCCCUAAGCACCUGACCUGAACUGCCUCCACGAAAGCUUGAAGCCGCCGCCAUAGGUUUCGUUUAUUUCUCGCUGCAGCUGUAGGUUUUAUGAUGGCCGAAGCGGAGGAGACUGAGUUUUCUCUCAUGAGUCUGGAGGAUGAGCUGACCUGCAGCAUCUGUCUCAGCACCUUCGACUGUCCGGUCACCAUCCCCUGUGGACACAACUUCUGCCAGGACUGCCUGCUCGCCACCUGGAAGGGCUCCUACAGCUGCCCCCAGUGUCGGACCCUGUUCGCCACCAAGCCGGAGCUGAAGAAGAACACGGUCCUCAGCACCGUGGUGGAGACCUUCAGGGUCAAGGCCAGCAAGAGCGAAGGUGGUGCUGCGAGCAAACCCGAAAAGAAGAAGAAGAAGGAUGUGGUCCGCUGUGACACCUGUAUGGAGGCGGACGCAACCCACACGUGUCUCACCUGCAUGGCCUCCUUCUGCGAGGAACACCUGCGGCCCCACCGGGAAAACCCAAUUUUCCGUCUCCACCAGCUGACUCUCCCCGUCGGGGACCUGAUGGAGCGUAUCUGCACCGACCACCACAAGCUGAUGGAGCUCUUCUGCAUUCCACACCAGCGUCCGAUCUGCACCCUCUGCCUGCAGCAGGUCCACAAAGGCUGCUCCUUCAUGUCACCAGAGGAGCAAAGGAGCAAGAAAGAGUCUGACCUCCGAGACCAGCUAGUUUUUCUGGAUGGAAAGCUCUCAAAGAAUGAAGCUGUUCUUUCUCAAAUGAGGACCACGCAGAACAAGCUGAAGGAAUCAGCCAUCCACAGGAAACGUUCUGUGUCAGCCGGGUAUCAGCAGAUGCGGGACAUGCUGACCAAAGAGGAGGCCGAAGCCCUGAGGGUGAUUGACAAAGAGGUCGAGACUGGCGAGACCAAAAUCAGAGGUCUCAUCAUAAAGUUCAGCGAAAACGUGGACAACAUCAGCAAAGCUAAAGAAGAAAUCCAUUGUCUGCUGGGUCAGUCCCAAACCCUGGCCUUCUUACAGACUUCAUUUAACCUUCCCCAAGCUGUAAGCUAUGAACCUUACACCCCUCGAAUCAAUCUGGACUCCAAGAAGGUCGUGCAAUCAGAGGCCUUCACUUUGACUUUGAAGAACUACCUGAUGGAACUCUUUAAACAUCCCGUGGAGGCCAGAAUCCCAAAACUCAUAGCCGACAUUAAUACUGGCACUUAUGCAGCGGGUGAAAGAGCAGCUUCUGGGCAUGCACCUGCAAGUCCUGGAAAUAAUCAGGAAUCCAAGCUAACAUUUCCUCCAGCAAUUUCUAGACUCCCCAGGUCCCACAGUCCAGGUCCUCAGGUCAAACCUGCCCUGAAGAAGAAACCUCAAAAAGCCAUUAAAAUCCCUUCUCUGAACACCGAAAACAUUCCAGGAAAUAAGAAACUGGGAAAGUCUAUUGAGAACCUGCUGGAGUUUGGUGUGAAAGACAAACCAAGGGGGCGUCCUGCUGCUGCUGAAAACAAAGAAACACCAGUAACAGAGACUUCCGACAUUCCCGCAGAGAUAAGUUCUGCUGAAAAACGAAGUGAGCUUAUGAAAUAUGGCACUGUGCUCACUUUUGAUCUGAGAACAGCCCAUAAACGCAUCGAACUAAGUGAGAACCUCACUAAGGCCUCAGUGUCUGACGAGCACACAAACUACCCUGAUUGUCUCGAGCGUUUCGCCGUCUGCUCCCAGGUCCUCGCUUCCAAGGGUUUCUCCGUGGGGCGUCAUUACUGGGAGGUGCGACUGAGCAGCAAUAACUUCAUUGGCGUCGGGCUGGCUUACAGGAGCAUCGACCGCAAGGGCCCCACCAGCAGGUUGGGUCGCAAUGACAAGUCCUGGUGUGUCGAGUGGUUCAACGUGAAGCUGUCAGCGUGGCAUAACAGCAGUGAGACGGUGCUGGCCAAUCCUAACCCGAAGCGCGUAGGCGUGCUGUUGGAUUGUGAGGAGGGCAAGGCUACGUUCUAUAACGUGGCAGACAGGGCGUAUCCCUUCCACUCCUUUAGUUUUCAGUUCGCUGAGGCCGUCUAUCCAGCCUUCUGGAUUUUCUCCAGUGGCUCAUACAUUACUCUGUGCAAGCUUCAGUAAAGUUCAGCAUGCAGUUAAACAUGAGAACUGCUUGUGUUUACAAUGAAGCAUGAUUAAAAAAAAAACAGGCUUACUGGUGUUUCAUUUGACAGCAGUUAGUCUGGAACCUUGGAAAUGGAAAUAAAACCGUAAACUAAGUAAGGAUCAUUAUAAAGCACCCAGAAAUAUUUAUUUAAACUAUACAAACGAAAACUCAUCAGUAUGUUUGUUGAUGAUUGGUCAAAGCAUACAGAUGUUGCCCCAACUAUAUUCCCUUUAACUCCGUUAUCACACUUUUCCUCCUCAUAUUCAUUUCUCUGCACUGCCAAGAAGCCUCUUGGUUUAAAGGUACACUAUGUAGUCAGUAUUUCUAAAUACAGAAUUUCUGGUUUGCAUUGAGCAGUGCUUUGCAAGUGAGACUUCACAUUGAGACAUUUUGUAAUGUUUUAAUAAUGUGAGAUCCAGGUACAACCUUACAAGUUAACUGCGAUGCAAGUUGGGGUCAAUGCGAGAAUAAAUGUAUAAAGGUGGGGGGUCAGAGUUGCUGUGGUGGCAGAUUGCCCCCAGAAGAUAUUUUGCUAAGGACCUUAUACAACCUUGGACUGACCGUGUCCCCCAGACGGCAACAUAAAGGGAAAAAAAAGGUACCAAUAGAUGUUGGCAUUCAGGCAGAGUACCACACAUUAAGGUUAGGUUUAGCUUUACGCUGCGUAGUAUACCUUUAAACCAUUGCUUCUUGAAUUAAUUUUAUGUCUUUAGUCAGUAAUGGCAGUCCAUGGUAUUCUCACCCUGGUGAUGAUUCUGUCGGGUCUGACUGUAGACGGACGGAUGAAAGCUUUACUGCACUAAUGGAUGGUAAGGGAUGAGGGCAGAUCACAACCAAAGCAAAUUAGCUCUUGGUGGAUCGUGUAGGAGCUUAUUUUGUGGUCUUGUGGCAGUGAAAGAGAAGCUGGUACAAGUUUCUGGUUUCGAGGAAAAGCUAAGCAUUUUUCUCAAGUGUUUGGUGAUUGAUACUUGCUUCUGUGGUUUAUUCCUAAUAAUGAUAAUGAUGUUUUUAAGGAUAACAUUUGUGUUUAAAACAUCCAGGGAAAUCCAGGAAUAAGACUGGACUAUCUUUUAAUCAGUGGGGAUUGGAGAUGGUCACACUUUUUCUUUUUUUUCUAAUCUGAGACAGAAAGUAUACGGCAGGAGUGCAGCUUCGCAUCAGUGGCAGGACUGGACCAGAUUACUAUUAUAAUCUUAAAACAUGAGUUUUAAGUGACAAUCUGUGUUUGGUUUUGGAUUUUCAGAUCUGUCUGUAAAAUCGCUGCACGAUAUCGUAAAAUUAUUCACUCGCGAUAUUGUUAAAUAUCGCAGUGACUAUUUCAGUUGCGAUAAAUCCACAGUGAGAUGAUCACACUUCAGUUUACCUCAGGUUAAGGAGUGUACUGGUGGAUUUAGAAACUUUACAGACCCUCUAUUACAGUUGUUGCUCCAUCCAUUUUAAGACGUCUAGCAGCAACGUUUUUGGACAAACACCCAUAAACUAAUUACUUAGACAGCUGGGUGUUUGUUCCACACAGAGCAGGCAGGUCUUUCAGCCUCCUCAUUAUUCAGUGAGAAGCUGAGAAACUUAAUAUUGUUGCUUAGGUCAGAUUGAGGCUUUGGUGUUUGGAAAUGAACAGAAAAAAAAAAAGUUUCUAUCUUGAUAGACAUCAAACAUAUACCUGGAACAUUAUUAUGAUUCAAUUUAAUAACCAUCUUCUCAAAAAAAAAAACUCACUGAACACUGAUAAGUCACUGAGAAUGAAUUAUGCUAAAGUGUGCACAAGAUUUGUUUAGAUUGUGGAAACUAAUUGUAGAAUACAUAAAGGAGGUCACUUAGUGUUUUUAUUUUAAGCCUCCAUUUAAAAACCUGUUUUAAAACUGACUAGACUGAAAGUCACAGCAAAAAAGAAAUCUUAUUUAAAAGCCCGUAUAUGAUGAGAUGACCACAGUAGUGGGCAGAAUUAGAAACUGAGCAAAACGUAACGACUGGCCAUUCAGUGUGCACCCUGACUGUGCCAGAUCUUUUAAUUGUGUAAUUUCCAUAAUCAAGAGGUAUCAGCGAGAGUGGGUUCAUUGAAUUAGUUGUGAUUACCAAGCCUUAAGCGUUGACUUUCUCAUUUCUUUGACUGAUUAGAACAGAUGUCACAUAGUCUGUUUUACCAAAGAAACGAAACGUCCGUCUCUCUUCUGAUCACCUGGAAGGCUUUCUGCCUUCACUGUGUGGAGUCUGAUCGAAGAAAUGAUGGGGAGAGAGGAGUAUUAACAUUCAGCAAUGGUCCAGGUCCAGAUUUGAACUUGAGUCUGUUGUGCUUUAAUGCCCCAUAGAGAUGAAAUACUCAAUGGUUUCCUCUAUGGUGGGCAGGUUACACAAACUAGCCAUCAGGAUGCUCUGUUGGCUUAUUGUGCGGUGACUAUAAGACGGGGAGAUUUCCAAGAAUAAAUGAAGCUUUAUGUUGAGCGAUAUUUAACCUGGCAUGUAAUCAGUGUCUGUACUGUAUUAAUAAAAGCUGUUGUGGUCCUUUCUUUUUGUCUUCCCAUACCUGUUCUAAACUUGUAAUCUCUGCUUUUAUCCCUGUUUUUAUUGUUCUAACAACCUGUGUAGAGCUCUUCCACUGCAAGGUGUCACUUAUUUACUUAAAUCACAUUAAAGUUUUUUAUUUCCAACCAGAGAAAUGUCUUAUUUCUCAGUUUCUUCGGCUUGAAUAAAUGUUUUCAUGUUUAA